GCUAAAAAAAAUUAUCCGACGAAGAGACACCAGAAAAGCCGACCUUUUUGCCGCUCCCUCCUCUUACCUCUCAGCUUCUGCUGGAUCGCUCCAGCUGAGAGGAUCUUCUUCGGAGAGAUUCGUACGAGGCCAAUCGAUCAAAGGCUUCUCGGGCAAUCAGGUGUGCUAUUCAUUGAUCAGGGACCAAUCGAUCAAGGCUUCUCGGGCAUACAGAAAUGGACCACGACAAGACAGGAUGCCAAAGCCCACCCGAAGGUCCCAAGCUGUGUGUUAACAACUGUGGUUUCUUUGGAAGUGCUGCCACAAAUAACAUGUGCUCAAAGUGUCACAAGGCUGUGUUGUUCCAACAGGAACAAGGGGCUAAGUUUGCAUCAUCAAUAUCCGGAACAUCAUCACCCAGCAACAUCAUAAAGGAAACCUUUACUGCUGCGUUGGUCGAUACUGAAACCAAAUCCGUUGAGACAAUGGUUGUGUCUGUACAGCCAUCCUCUGCCCAAGAAGCUGUUACAGAGGUUGUAGCAGUAGAAGCUGUAGCAAAACCAAAGGAAGGACCAAGCCGAUGUACUACUUGCAAUAAACGGGUUGGUUUGACUGGAUUCAAAUGUCGCUGUGGUGAACUCUACUGCGGGAUACACCGCUAUGCGGAUGUACACAACUGUUCCUUCAAUUACCAUGCUGCUGCGCAAGAAGCUAUAGCUAAAGCGAACCCGGUUGUGAAGGCAGAGAAGCUUGACAAGAUUUGAAACUUGAAACUCUGUUUCCAAGGACACUCAUGUUUCCUUCUUCCUGUCUGUGUCUGGUUCAAGGUGUGUCUCAUGUCUAAAAAAAAAAGAAGGGCUUUUUUUUAAUAUAUGGUCGAAGAACGAAACGUGUGUUAAAUCUUUAGCUUCUUUCAGUCUCUCUGCAGUAUUUGUGGUGUGAAACUUUCUAUUAUCUUGUGUUUGCAAGCAGAGAAAUGUGCUGUUAAAAAGACAUGAUUUCAUGUUUUUAUCUUUCUUAUUAUUUAUGAGGGUUAUGCUUAUGUUUCCUCGUUUGUGUCAGUAUGGUACUGAGAUUAUCUGUAGCUAUACGAAGAAAAAAGCUUAUGAGGUGUCCUUAAAGUGGAG